ACCGUGUGGACUUCGGCUAAGCUGCAGUGCGGGUACCUGGGCGGCGUUUCCCGGCGGAGUCCUUCGGCCUUCGUAGUUCUUUUACUUUGCGCCUGCGGGAGCCGUUGUCCUUGCACUUCUGAGUUUUCUUAUAUGUCUAUUUUCCUCAAGAUGAGUGUUAAUGUUACUUUCUUAAGACCUUUUACCCGGUUUUUGGUGCCAUUUACCAUUCAUACAGAGAGAAGGAAUUUAUAUUCAAGAAUUCUGCAGAGAUACAUGUCUUCCAAAAUACCAACUUUGUCCUACCCUAAUAAGGAGAGUACAUCCCCUCCUGAUCAGCUAGAAUUGGAUGGGUGGAAAACUACAAUGAAAUCUAGUGUGCAAGAAGAUGUUUCAACAGUCUCAAGCAGCAAGGAUGAAGAUCCUCUAGCAGCCACCAGAGAGUUAAUUGAGAUGUGGAGAUUGCUUGGCAGAGAAGUACCAGAACAUAUCACUGAAGAAGAGCUCAAAACCAUUAUGGAAUGUGCUUCUAAGUCAUCAAAAAAAAAAUAUUUAAAAUAUUUAUAUGUUAGGGAAAAAAUGAAAAAAGCUAAGCAAAUAAAAAAGGAAAUGAAAGCAGCUGCAAGGGAAGAAGUAAAAAAAGCCAAGCAGCUAGAAACCACUGAGGAAGAUAAACAGCGAAACUUUCUAUUUUUACGACUUUGGGAAAGGAAUAUGAACAUUGCAAUGGGCUGGAAGGGUAUCCAGGCCAUGCAGUUUGGGCAACCUUUGGUUUUUGACAUGGCUUAUGAUAAUUAUAUGAAACGACAAGAACUGCACAAUACUGUUUCCCAACUUUUAGAAAGUGAAGGAUGGAACAGAAGAAAUGUUGAUCCUUUCCAUAUUUAUUUUUGCAAUCUUAAAGUAGAUGGUGUUUAUUACAGAGAGUUAGCUAAACGUUAUGGAGAAAAAUGGGACAAAUUGCUUAUAACAACAACAGAAAAGUCUCAUGUAGAUUUAUUUCCAAAGGACAGUAUUAUAUAUUUAACUGCAGAUUCUCCCAAUGUUAUGACUACUUUCAAGCAUGACAAAAUCUAUGUAGUUGGCUCUUUUGUUGAUAAGAAUAUGCAGCCAGGCACAUCCCUAGCCAAUGCAAAACGGCUGAAGCUGGCAACAGAAUGCCUUCCAUUAGAUAAAUAUUUACAAUGGGACAUUGGUAACAAAAAUCUCACCUUAGAUCAAAUGAUGCGUAUUUUGUUAUGUCUGAAAAACAAUGGUAGUUGGGAAGAGGCUCUAACGUUUGUUCCCAGGAGGAAACAUACUGGUUUUCUGGAGAUUUCUCAGCACUCUCAAGAGUUUCUCCACAGAUUGAAGAUAGCAAAGACUUUUCCAAAAGGUCCUCUAAAUGUACAUGGCUUGAAUGAGAAAAUUUGAUAGCUUACAAAGUAAAUGGAUUAGGAAUACUCGUACAGUUCUAUCAGUAUAUUUCUUCCUUAAUAGAAUUUAUUCUCUUUCUUUUAAACGUAGUCUUUCCAAACUAAUUGCAGGGUUCUGUCUUUUCCCAAUUAAUUAAAUAUCUGCAAAACUUUGGGAAUGUAUUUUGUUUACUGUAAAAAGACACUUAAUCUGAAAAAGUAAAGAGUUGUCCAAGUUUGUUUAACAGAAUAAUCUUUAAAUGAACCUAGUAAAACUGUUGUACUGUAGGUGUGACUUUUUAAUGGAUUCUUUGAUUCUCAGACUCUGUUUUCCUUUUUAAAUGUUCUUUUAUCCAUGUCAACAACUAUCCUUUCGUAAAAAGUUAAUAUAGAAAAGAUUGCUAAAUUUAAGUAGUGGUUCACUUAUUAAAGUAAAGCAUUAGUACAAUGCUGAGGA